AAGUCCCUAGGAGAAAACCAACAGCGAGUCUCUUAUUGUUCCACCUCUCCCUUGUUCUCCUGAGCCUUUUCUUCUCUUCUAGGACAUGCUUAAGGCCAAUUCGGAGGGCACAGCUGCAAGCGCAGCGGCUCUCUGGUUCCCAGGGAGAAAGAUGGAGGGCUUUGGGGUGGCUCCUCUAUCGGCGAGGGCGCGGGAGAUAGCCAAGGGUCGAGAAGAGCUCCUCAGGCUUCUGCGAGACCUCCCGGAGUCGGAGUACGAGCUCUCGCUCACCGACCUCGUCGAGAAAGGAUCGGCUGCCGGCAACUCAGCUGCGGAGGAGAAGAAGACUUCCCCAGAAGGAGAAACCAACCGAGCGUCAUCAGCUGUUAAGGAGAGAAAGAAGCGGAGGAGCAGCAGGGGCAGUUGCGGCAGCAGCAGCGAUGGAGUGCUCUUGAAUUUUUACGUGCCGAGUUCCCUGACCCGGAGCCUCACCGCGCCACGGUCAAGCCGGGCGAGCCGGGGGGUGGCUCACAGGGACGUCACAGACUGCGGCAAGAGGGACAGGGAACCCGCCAUGUUCGGAUGUUGGCCAGCUUUUUGGGAGAGAGGGCGAGGGAAGUCCAGGCGACCGGUGUUGGAAAGAAGAUGAGAGGAAAUGCCAUUGGGUUCCUUCAUGCUUUUGCCCUCCGAGCUCCGUUUGCCUGAGCUGUGUUUGAUCAUAUGGGGGCUUUGGUUGGGCUGGAAUUUAACCAGGCUAUGACUUGACCUUUCAUGGCCAUCUAUGUUUGUCCAUCUGUAAAUUAUGAUUUCUAACUCAAUUAGGAUGGCCUAACUAAGAAUUGCUUUCUAAUUUCAGUUUUGCUAUUUUUAUUUAUACGAGUGUUCAGAACUUGAGAUUUACAUGAGAGUUAUCAUAGAUGGCUGGGAUGCCCUAUCUUAAUUUUUUUUCUAUUA